AAAGCUAGUUGGGCUGGUUCUUGUCUCUUUUCGACCUAGAUAGUUUAUUCGCCAUCACCUGAAGAGAGGUGGUUCAUGGGUAUUCUAGUUUCUAAGAUCCACUUUUAGCUGAUGCGUUCGUGCAGGCUGUCGGAGUACGCGAUUUUUGGGAAUUUUCAAAAAUCGCCUGCAACGUGCAGGCUGUCGGAGUACGCGAUUCUUGAGAAUUUUCAAAAAUCGCCUACAACGUGCAGGCUGUCGGAGUACUAGAUCAUGUUAGUCGCAGCAGAUAGAUGCUGCAGCGUGCAAUCACCAGGCUGACGGACAUAACGCAUCUUUAAUCCUUGAUUGUCGUAGAAGAAAGUUUCGAAGGACCGCGAUCGCACACCGCAACUGAUUGCUCCGCGAAACGUUUUCAUUUAGACAUUGCUUCAAGUCCCGGGCUGCUCCGCCAGUCCCGGGCUGCUCCGCCAGUCCCGGGUUUCCCCGCCAGUCCCAGGUUGCUCCGCCAGUCCCAGGUUGCUCCGCCAGUCCCAGGUUGCUCCGCCAGUCCCAGGUUGCCCCGCCAGUCCCAGGUUGCUCCGCCAGUCCCAGGUUGCUCCGCAAACUGUAGCAUCGCUUGCUUGCGACUAAUUGUAGCAUCGCUUGCUUGCGGUCAGAAUGAUGAUGGACGGAUCGUAUCGAGACGGGGGAGGACGAGCGGGCAGAGGACGAGGAGGGGGAAUAGGAGGAGGAGGGGGAGUCGGAUCGCAUCAACGCGGUCCGUGGGACGAGGAGGACGAUGCGUGGAUGGAGAGUAUGGCGCGGAAGCACAGACGACAGUACCAGGGGGUACAGGAGGAAGAGGAGAAAGAGCAACUGAAGCAGGAGCAACUUAAGGAGAGGCAGAGAGAGAGGGAGGAGCGGAAAGACGAGGAGGAGGACGAGGAUUAUGGGGGGUCAGAAGAGAAAAUAUCCCUCACAACGGGAAAGGUAGUCAAGCACCGCUCUUGCUGCUUCCGCUGCCUUCCCUCGCUCCUCCUCCUCUCGCUCGGUCUAAUCGCCGGUGCAGCCAUCACGGCUGGGGUCUCCCUCCUAUUCCCGUGGCGCGCCGUGGCUUUAAUCACCAACUAUGCCAGCACGGACACUCUGGUUAAAUCGCAGGGCGCGCUCUCGUUCCUAGUGGUGGGGGACUGGGGUCGGAAUGGCGACUACAACCAGUCCCUCGUGGCAGAGGCGAUGGGUCGUGUAGCCGCGGAGAUAGACAGCAGCUUUGUGAUUUCCACAGGGGACAACUUCUAUGAGGACGGCCUGAUAGACAGCAACGACCCCCAGUUCGCCUCCUCCUUCUCUGAGAUCUACCAGGCUGCUAGCCUGCGCACCCAGUGGUAUGCUGUCCUCGGCAAUCACGACUAUCACGUCAACCCCGAGGCUCAGCUGGACCCAGCCCUUCGGCUGCGCGACCCCAGGUGGCGCUGCGAGCGCUCCUACAACGUGCGCCGGGAUGCAUGCCCCAAGUAUUUGUACGAGCCCUGCGACUCACCAGUAGAGCUGUUUUUCAUCGACACGUCGCCAAUGCUGAUUGGCUACUGGAAGCCCACGGGCAACCACACAGAGAAGCUUAAUUUCACGGGCAGACCGGAGUAUUCCCAGUCGAUUCACUUCCAGAUCGAAUCCCUGCGAGCAGCCCUCGCGUCGUCUGCUGCCAAGUGGAAGAUUGUGAUUGGCCACCAUCCCGUGCGGAGCACAGGGGAGAAUGGGGACUCCACGGAGCUCGUUCAAUACCUCAACCCCAUCCUCAAGGAGCACCAAGUGGACUUCUACAUGAACGGCCAUGACCAUAACCUGGAGCUGUUUCAAGAGCCUGCCAGUUCACUGUUCUUUGUAACGAGUGGCGCAGGAUCGCAGGUGAGCCACAAGAGAUCAAACGCAGACAACCCCUUCUCGCAGUUUUACUACGCUGAGCAGGGGUUUGUGUCAGCCACUAUUGAUGGCAACGGCUUGGUUCUGAACUUCCAUGACAUUGCUGGCACUGUUAUCCAUACUCUCUGGGUGAACAAAUAGACAACUGUGACACAGUAGCAUGCUGCUGCCGUGUGGUUCAUUUUUUCAACAUGUAAAUACAUCAUUUUUCGUCUCUAGCAUGAAUAAUUUGGUUGCAGUUUA